AUGUGGUCUAAUGAAAUCACAACAAGUACAUUAUUAGAUUUAAUUACUAAAACUCCUCGAAGUGCACAAUAUUUAACUUCCAAAUGGAUUACACAUUAUAAAUUUGUGGAAUAUAUCACUUCAACAGAUCGUAAAGAUUCUUUCAUCAAUAGAACAAGUAUUAUUAAAGAUUUAGAAUAUUAUUUAUCACAAAUGAUUGAUGAUGUUCAUUCAAUUCAAUAUUCAUUGAAUGAUGAAACUAUUAAAUCCAAUGAUAAAACAUCAUCUUCUAAUCAUAAAAAUAAUCGUAUAAAAAGUAAUACUCAUUUAGAUUCUAGUGAAACAGAAUUCAAUUCAAUACCAUCAAUGAUUAUUACAUCAUUAGCAGCAUCUACAGAAAUAGAUGUUAUUUUAUAUACUGAUAUAAUUCCAUGUAUUAUGUCUGUUCAUAGGCUAAAGUCGUCCAUAUUUGAUUUUGCUAUUGCUUGUUUAAUAACUGGUUACCUUGGAUUGAUGUAUAUGUUGUUGGAAGUGAGUUUCACCUGUUGUAUUCUGUUGUUUUUUCCGUGUCAAUAUAACAUUUGA